UGCAAUAGCUUAAAAAGAAAAGGAAUAAUAAGAAAAUGUACAAUGAAGCAUUGAUUCCUAUCGAGGAUCAUUCCCAAUGCGAAUUUACCAUUUAUCAGUAAUUUUGGUAUGGGUUUACCAAAUCGAAGUGCACCUGAUUUAAUCAACACAGGUCUAUUGGAAGCGUUUCACCUGCUAAUUGCGGAAUAUUAAGCAGUCUUGUUUCUGCAAACAGAAAAAAGAUUUGCUCUCAGUGGAGAAAUAAGGGUGAUCCUGUGGUUAGUAUUUGCUGUGGAGUACAAUAACAAUCUCCUGUUGGAUCUAGGAUGUCAGUACUGAAUCAGAGUGGAGAAGAACAGGUGGAAUGUCCUCUGUGUAUGGAACCCUUGGAGGUGGACGACCUUCAUUUCUAUCCGUGCACAUGUGGUUAUCAGAUAUGCCGGUUCUGUUGGAACCGAAUCCGGGAAGGAGAGAACGGCCUGUGUCCGGCAUGUCGGAAGGCCUACCCGGAGAACCCCGCAGACUUCACUCCACUCAGUCAGGAACAGGUGGCCGCCAUAAAGACGGAGAAGAAGGCUCGCGAGCAGAAGCGACGCAACAAGACGCUGGAGUCGCGGCGAGCGCUCGCGAACGUUCGUGUCGUGCAGAACAACCUGGUGUUCGUGGUGGGACUACCGGUCAGACUGGCAGACCCCGAGAUCCUAAAACGGCAAGAAUACUUCGGCAAAUAUGGAAAGAUUCACAAAGUAGUUAUAAACCAAAGUCCAGCAUAUGCAGGCUCACAGCAGUGCGUCCGACAGAGUCCGUCGGCGUCCGCCUACGUCACGUACGUGUCGUCGGCGGACGCUCUGCGCGCGAUCCAGGCCGUCAACAACGUGACGUUGGACGGCCGCGUGCUCAAGGGCUCGCUGGGCACCACCAAGUACUGCGCCAACUUCAUGAAGAACCAGCCCUGUCCCAAGGCCGACUGCAUGUAUCUACACGAGCUGGGUGAUCCAAAAGCAUCGUUUACUAAGGAGGAAAUGCACGCGGGCCUGCACCAGGUGUAUGAGAGACGGCUGCACCAACAGUUGAUCAACUCUACCAAAGAUCGCAUCGGCACAGAUGACAAACUCGGGAGUUCGUCUAGUUCAAAUACAGAGAAGAGUAGUUCUAAAGAUGGUAGUCAGUCUAAUUUCAUCCCGACAACAAUAGUUACGGCGUCACAAAUAAAUUCAGUCAGCACAUCCAAAUCAAAACGGGAUUCAGUGAAUGGCAUCACGAACGGGAGCAGCAAUAGCAAUGGUAAUGGCAAAGAAGCUUGGCCUAGUCUUGGCUCUUCACCACCCAAUGACAGUCCAGCAAGGAAACACAACACAGCCAGCCCCAAACCACACAACUCUUCAGUUAAGUCACAAGAAAACGGAACUUCAGAACCCUCGAGCCCCACUAAUGUACACAGUCAGCCGCAGCCGCAAUGUAAAGAUCAUCACACAGACAAAGCCAGCAGAAAGGACACAAAUGAUCAGAAAAAGAACAAAUCGGAUAAAGCCAAACAAAAGAUCUCCACUGAUGAAGAAGAUAUCGAGACAUUUGAAAUGGACACGCAGUACCUUACGAAUGAAUUAGACGAAUUAGAGUCAGAUAGACAUAGCUUGUUGGAGAACCACGAUUUGUUAAAUAAUAGUGAUCACAGUUUGUUAGAUGACGAUAACUCACAUGAUUUACUGAACGAUGUUAAUAAUGAAGUGCUGAUGAUGCAGAGGCAUAGAGAAAUGUUGGCUGGUCUGGUUGAAAACAAUAUAACACCACAUAAUAUGAAGAGCUCACUAACAAACGGAUAUGGACUGUUAGACCGGGAAACUAUGAGUUAUUUAGGUAAUGAUAGACAAAGUAAUCAGAUGAACCAGACUAUGAUGGAUCAGAAGGACAUAAUACAGUCCCAGAUGUUACAGAGGCAGAACGAACUAUUAGCCCGGCAACAGAGUGUUAUGGAGCCAAAACAUUAUCUACAGUCCAGUGUAGCUUUAGAAUCCGCUAGUGAAUUAUUAGGUGCUAAUUAUCACCCCAAUGUCAAUAUACUCCCACCAUUCGGCAUGCGGGUAGACAAUCUAAUGACUUCAAAUUCUAUGGGGAAUACAAUUUCGGGCAACUCGUUGGCUAACUCACUAUCAACAAACUCUUUAUCUUCAAAUCCACUAUCUCCAAGCCCAUUAUCCGCAAAUCCUCUAUCUCCAAAUCCGUUACCUUCAAAUACUUUAUCUCUUAACUCCUUAGGUGCAAAUUCUCUGUCAAAUAAUAUGGUAAAUCCGUUAGGGCCAAACGCGAUGGUAGCUAAUUCUAUACAAGUUAAUAAUAUGUCAGUAAAUACAUUGGGCGGCAAUUUAGGAGCAAACAAUUUGAACAGCUACAUACUACACAAUCAUCAGUUACACAUGCAGAAUCAACAGAUGCAGAAUCAACAAAUGCAAACCCAACAGAUCCAAAAUCAACAAAUGCAAAACCAACAGAUGCAAAAUCACCAGAUGCAAAGCCAACAAAUGCAAAACCAACAGAUGCAAAGUCAACAGAUUCAGAAUCACCAGAUGCAAAGUCAACAGAUGCAGAAUCACCAGAUGCAAAGUCACCAGAUGCAAAAUCAUCGGAUGCAAAAUCAUCAGUUGCAAAAUCACCAGAUGCAAAACCAACAGAUGCAUAGUCAACAGAUACAAAAUCAACAGAUGCAAAGUCAACAUAUAAAGAAUCAUCAAUUGCAAAAUCAACAAAUGCAUGGCGCACUCAUGAAUGGAUUCGAUUCACCGCAUUCAAUUAGUGAAGGUCGGUACCAAGCGGAUAACAUGGAGAAGUUCUUCACGGACUUCCACAAGGCGCAGCAAAUGCGGAUGGUGUCCCGGAGUCUGGCCAGCAAUGUGUCUGAGCGCGGGCGGUACCCUCACAACAUGCUGAGCGCGGAACGACUAGAGAUGGAGCACAAACAGAGAAUGAACAGUAUGCGUGUCUCGGAGAUGCCGAGCGGUCGCGCCGCGGGCGAUGCCGACGACGACCUGGACUUUGACCCGUUCAAAGAGACCCAGAAGGCGCUCGCCGAGAUGAUGGAGACAGAGAUGAUGCUGAACAAUAUCUCCAGCGGUGACAACGUCCGUCCCCGACCGCCUCCUCCAGGGUUCAGCCACGCCACUCUGUAUCAGCGGCAACAGCCACAGCAACAAGACUGGACGCAAAUGGACCCCGCAAUAAUGUCGACAUCUGUCAACUUCGGCAAGAAUCCAGCAGCCAUCAACCACCAAGAGAUAUUCACAAGAUUCAACCAGCUGCACAUCCAGCCCAACGGCGUGAAGCUGCAGCUGCCGCCCGCGCCGCAGUGGGCUGCGCCCCACAAGGUGACCUGGGGGGCGGCGCCCUACAACUCCAUCCCCAUGCCGCCGGGCUUCUCUCCACAGAAGCCCCCCCAACACCCCGCCGAAUGUAUCGACGCCAAGUAAAGUGCAAUCAAAGCUCCCACAACAGGUCGACGGAACAAUUUUCUUAGCUACCUUCCGUUGUCUAAGUGAUCUAUAAAUCUAUAAGAGAGCAUAUUUUAUUCGAGAGAAAUAUGAUAACAAAGGAAUUUGUCAAAUAAAUUAAUCUAUUUGUUUUAUUUAAAAAUAUAUUUUCACCGUACUACCGCUUGGGUUUCUAGAUCAUCUAAUCGCCUCUUAUUAUAUUUCUUUGUCACAUCUGAGCAAUUAAAUUAUAUUAUGUAUAUUCGUAACGUAUUUAUACAUUCGCUAGAAUCGUAAAGGCGUUCCUUCUUUCUCCAUUGAGACGUCAAUGAAUUGGUUAACUGUGUACCUUAUUGAGAAAUAAUUCGUGAAAAGAUUAAUUAUUAAAAUUAAAUAAUUAUC